AUGAAUCGUGCAAGUUCUUUGGCUUCACAACUCGCCGUUGUAAUUCAUCGUCGGAAAUUCGGUGGCCGGUUUACUAUAUUGAAUAGGCCUGAAAAAUACAAUGCCUUAAAUUUGGAAAUGAUUAGGAGUAUUACACCACAGCUGCAGGCGUGGAAUGAGUCAAAUUUAUGCAAAGUUAUUAUACUUAAAGCUACUGGCUCUAAAGCCUUUUGUGCAGGUGGUGAUGUGAGAGCCGCGACAUUUUUUGAAGAAGAAUAUCAAUUAAAUCAUCUUUUGGCAACCCUAGAUAAACCAUUUGUUGCGUUGAUGAAUGGGAUAACAAUGGGUGGAGGCGUUGGACUUUCUGUUCACGCGCCAUUUCGUGUAGCAACCGAAAACACUGUAUUUGCUAUGCCUGAAACACACAUCGGGUUUUUUCCUGAUGUUGGUGGAUCAUUCUUUCUGCCAAGAAUGGACGGAGAGACAGGAACUUAUUUAGCACUGACAGGAACGCGAUUAAAAGGCAUCGAUGUUUUUCUAUCUGGAGUUGCCACACAUUAUAUACCCUCUGAGCGUCUUCCUUAUUUGGAAGAACGACUAUGUGAAUUAGAAAGUGAUGAUCACGAAGUGAUAAACGCGGCUAUUGAAGAUUAUGUCGCGGAACCUGAUAAUGAAACGCGAUAUUCUCUUUCUGGUGAUAUUCGAAAUUCUAUUGACCGUCUUAAUACUGUCGAGGAAAUAGUCGCCGUACUGGAAAAAGAAAAUACUCCAUGGGCAAAAGAAACCAGAGACAUUAUUUUGAAGAUGUCGCCUACCAGCUUAAAGGUUACAUUACACUUAAUGCGUGUCGGAAAGAAUCUCGGUAUCGCUGAUUGUUUUAACCUGGAAUAUCGAUUAGCUCAAAAAUUUCUGGAAAAGUCGGACUUCGCAGAAGGAGUAACCGCGCGCCUUAUAGAAAAACGAGACAGUCCAAACUGGAAUCCACAAACAUUAGAACAAAUAUCCGAUGAGGAAAUCGAAAAUUUCUAUUUCAAAUCACCAGCACACUCAAAUACUCUAAAUCUGUUAAACCCACGCACAUUUAUCUCCUACCCACACGCGAGACUCGGCCUGCCAACCGAAUCAGAUAUCAAAAAAGUUGUCACGGGGCAAAAUCGCGAUGUUGGUCCAAUGGCAAUGACCAAAAGAGAGAUUGUGGAUUUCUUUUUGAAGGAACGAAAGGGAAAAAUUGGUACUCGUGAGAAGGUAAUGGAAGUGUUGGAUCGGAAGACGAGGAGUGCUGAUGAUGGGAAUGACUGUGUUCGAUGGGUUAAUAAUGAUGAUUUCGAUAAUCAUACAGUACAAAGGAUCGAAAAUGGGAAAUCUUUCCAUGCUGUAAAUAAUAUUAAUCUAAAAAAAUGCGCAUCUGUACCUUCUGGUUCUGGUAUAAUUUUUUCAGACAAUCCAGAAAUGAAAGUUCCACCGUUGGUGGUCCCGCUUAUAUUCACGUUAUUAAUCUCACCACUUGUAAAUGAAUGCACCUUGUCCUAUUUUAUGAUCGGGUCUCUAGCAUGGAAAAUUCGGAAAUUAGCAACUAGCACACCUUUAAUUCCCGAUUGA